UUAUAAAAACAGCUGUUCAUGUUUUUUCACAUUUUUCACGAUUUUUGUUUUUCAUCUACGAGUUGAAUACUAUUGUAAACUUCAUUAGAAAUUUUUGUGUUUAACAAAAGAAAAAGAUAUAUUAAAAAUAAAAAUGUCUGAUAAAACUUGCAUAGAAGAAAUAUCGAAUAAUGAAGAGGUGUACCAUGAUGCUUUAAAUAAAUCAAAUGAAGAAAUUAUUGAUGAAAUAGUAAAGAGUCAGGGAGAACUUAAUUUAUCUGAUGAAAUUGUUACUGACAAAAAUGAUGACAAAGAAGAACAUGAAUCACCUGAGGUAUUUAAAGAUUGUGAGGAAGAAAUAUAUGAUGAAGAAGCAUUAAAAGAAAUGGAAAAAGAAAUGACUGAUGAACAAAAAGCUACUAACAAAGAAAAUGCAGAUUUGCUUAAACAGGAAGGAAAUGACUUAUUCAAAAAUUGCGAUUAUGAAAAAUGUUUAGAAAAAUAUACAAAAGCAUUGAAUAUAGCGCCUUCAUGUUAUCCUAAAGAUAGAGCAGUUUUGUAUGCAAACAGGGCAGCCGCGAAAAUUAAAUUAGAUUCAAAAAAAUCUGCUAUAGAUGACUGUACGAAAGCAAUUAGUCUUAAUGAAGAAUAUACGAAAGCAUAUUUGAGGAGAGCGAAGCUUUAUGAAGAAACUGAAAAAUUAGAUGAGAGUUUUGCUGAUUUUAAAAAAGUUUUAGAGUUAGAACCGACAUGCAAAGAUGCGCAAGAAGCGGUUCAAAGAUUACCCCCCCUCAUUGAAGAACGAAACGAAAAGCUUAAAACAGAAAUGAUGGGAAAAUUGAAAGAAUUAGGGAAUGCAAUUUUGAGACCUUUUGGACUCUCUACAAACAAUUUCCAGAUGCAACAAGAUCCGGCAACUGGAUCAUAUUCUAUCAAUUUCAAACAAUGAUAAAAAAUUUUUAGAUAUGCAAUUAAUAAAUAUUUAACUUAAAUAAUAUUGAGUUAUAUCUACUUAAAAGUAGUUAUUACCACCUAAAUUCUCAAUUUAUUUAACGUUAUAAUUAAUUAUCGGUUUCAAAGCUAAGACCUUAUUCUGGAAUGUGAAUUUUCAAAAUUACAUGUUGGGCCGAAGUUUGCAAUCUAUCAUAAAACUUGAGAUAAAUCUUUCUAGAAUUCAAUUGAGAAUAUUUCUAUUGCUGCUGGUGUAUUAUAAGUUAAUUUUAUAAAAGCUGAAAAAUAAGUUAGUCGUUUCUAUAAAUUUAAAUGUUAUAACAAUUUGCAACUUUUGUGACAUUAC